AUGUCUGAGAAUACACUUUUUAAUGAAUGUUUAGCCUGUAAAAUGAAAUUUGAAACUAGAAAAUAAUUGGAGAACCAUGUUAAGAAGGUAAAUAAUAAAUUAUCUAAUAGAUUAGUUUUGUGUGAGUUCAGAUUAUGGAUCUUAAAAUAGAUUAGAAGAGAAAUAUUAAAGAGAACUAUUGAACAUAAAAAAGAGUAAUGCACCAGGAGCUAGAGAAAUCAUAGAGACUGAUAGACCUCCGCCUGGUUAAUAAUAAAAGAACUAAUUAUCUUUAGAAGCCAUGAAGGAUUAGAUUAAAUAACAAGAUGAUGAAUUUAAAAGAUUAAAUAGAAUGGCAUAGAAAAGAAGAGAAGAUGAAAUGGAAGAUGAAUUAAUUAAAUUAAAAAAUGAUAGGCAACAUAUUAAAAUGAAAAAAGAUGAUGAUAGAUAAGCAUUUGAAGAAUUGUUACAUGAGGUUGAAUAAAAAAAAGAAAAGGAAAUAAGGGCUAGAAUUGAAAAGGAUGAAAUUCGAAGAGCUUUAAUGGAUUUGGAGAAAGCAAAAUUAACAUCAAUUGAAUAAGAGAGAAAAAGAGAAUUAGAAAAACUUAUAGCUGAGAGGGAAGCUCUUAGAAUGAAAGAAAAUGAACUUAUUUAAGAUAUAGAAUAAAUGGAAUAGAAUACAAAAAUGCUUGAUUAAAUGAGGUAUGAAGAAGUAUCAAAAAUUAAUAAUGUAAUUGAUGGAAUGUAAUUAAAAUAAUAAAAUAAUACAAAAUUAAAUGAGGAUCUAAUAUAAGAAAAAUCAGACAAUGUUGCUAAAUUAAAAUUAAAACGAGAACAAUUAGAAGGAGAACGUUUAAGAAUCAUGGACAAUUUAGAUAAACUGAGAAAUGGUGAUUUGAAGGCUGCUUAAAGAGGAGGCACCAUGAAUUUAGUGGCUAAUGCAAAAAAUAUUUUAGGUGAUAUGAAAUAAAUGGAAAAUUUCAAUGCUAAAUUGCAUGAUGUAAAAUUUGCAGAAUAAUAAUAAAGAAUAAAUCAAUUGAAAUAAUAGAAACCUGAAUUUAUGCCAUUUGAUGGAGAUGAAGCUUAUGGAUAACAAACCACUGUUGGAUAAUAGGCUACGAAUAUGUAUAAAUCUAGGAAUCCUUAGACUCAGGGAGAACUUUAAGCCUUUAGAUAAGGAAUAGAAUAACAUGCAAAUAGCAUGAUAGAUUAAAAUUUUUAAUAAAGUAUCAAUAUGAAUUAAGUCAAGAGAUAACCCUCUUCUUAAGGCAAUAGAGCACCUGCUAAUAGAUUAUUACCAUAAUAAACUAUAUAGAGUUUCCCUGAUGUUAACUAGUAGGUUUAACAAAAAAAACAAUAGCAAUAAUAAUAAAUUGAAGUCUUAAAAAAUGCUUGGGGUAUUCCAAUUCCUUAGUUUCAAAAUAAUUAAUUUUAAAUGUUACCAUUAUAAUAAUAAUAGGUGGCAUAAUUUCAAAGUAAUCCAAUGAUGUAAUAUAGUGCAUUUGCUUAACCACAAAUGAUACCUGUAUAUGAUCCAAUAAUGCAACACCCAGUGAGACAAGAAGAAUAAUAAUAAUAACAUUAAGGAUCAACUGCUUUCGGACAAUUUGCUUUGAAUCAAUUGGCAUUAAAUUAAGAAGGUAAAAAGAUGAAGGAUCCAUGGAGCAUAUUCAAUAGAAAAAAUGAGUUUUUUUUGAUGAAUGAAGUGCGAGGUGUUGAUUUAAUUGAAGAGGAGAAAGUGUUAUUGAGUUUAUAGGCUUAAGAAAUUGAUAGUCUUAGAGUAAUUUCUAGGAUUCCUGUAGGGACAGAAUUGUAUAGAUUUAAGGUUGAAUAAUAUAAGGAAUUAUCUACAAUGAGAGCUGAAAUAGAGAAGAUUGUUUAGGAGUAACGUUUACAGGAUGCAAGAAGAGAAUUUGAGAUGGAAAGGAAAGAGGAUGAUAGAUAAUGGGAAAAUGAGAAAUGGGUGGAUGAUAAUAAGAAAUUUAUAAUAGACAAUAGAUUAAGAAAAGAUAAUACUUAGAAAAGAUAGUAGAUUCAAUCAUACAAUUAAAGUGAGGGAUUCGUAGUUCAUUGGGAUUACACAUUAGGAUUACCUAGAAGGAGUAAUUACAGUUAAGUUGUAUUCGGUGUUUAUAAUGGAUAAUAAAUAAUUUGUUAGCCAAGAUUAGUUGAACCAAGAGAAAGUGAAACAGAAAAUUAAAAUCAUAAUAGAUGCAUUUUUGGUGAUGCUCAUUAAGUUUUUGAGGUACCUGCACAUCCAGAUACUUUAAUGAUUAUGGAAGUUCAAAUUCCUUUCAGCAAAAGAGUUGAAGAUAAUGUAGGUAGAACUGAAACCUAUGGAUGGACUCAAGUGGAUCUAUUUGAUCAUAAUAAAUAAUUAAAGCGAGGAAAAUUUAAAUGUCCUGUAUAUUAUGGACCUACAAGUCCAGAGAUAACAGCUGAAGAAAUAUAGAACUUAGAACCGAUUCCUAAUUGUUGGGUCUAUUUUAGAAUAGGAUAUCCUAAUGAUAAAGAUUAUGGAGAAGUCAAAACUAUUUAUCCUGAAUAAACUCAACAUGAAUAUAUAGUACCUUAUAUCCAUUUGAGAGGAUUAUUUGGAAAGAGAGAGAAGGUUAAAAAUAUGAGAGGAAUGGAAGAAAGCUAUGAAACUAAAUAUGGGGGUAGAGGAUAUAAGAUGAUUGAGGAGAUUAUAGAGGAGAGCUAAAUGAUGGGUUAGGGAGCAGGAGGUAAAUCUAAUAUGGAAGAAUAUGAAAUAACUGGAUAACCACCUCCUAUGCAAAAGUACGGAGUUAGAUAGGAAGAACCUCCUAUUUAAGAUGAUGGAAAAUAAAAAGGAUUGAGACUUAUCAUUUAUAGGGUUGAUAAUCAUUAAGCUAGGUCUCAUUUGAGAGUUAUGGCAGGAUUAUUUGAGGAAGGAAAUAUAGUAUUGGAUGCUAAUGGUUUACCAGUUGCAUUUAAUACAUCUAUUCAUAAUCCUUUGGAUCAAAAGAAUAAAUAAAUUUUAUAAUCUGAAUAUAUAAUACCCUUAAAUAAACCUAAUGUAGAAUAAGAUGGGAUGAAUAAUAAAGCAUCAGGUCAGGAUAUUAUAUUCUAGGAAGAGUAUAGAGUAUUUCGAAAUUUAUAUGCAAUGAUUAAGAAAAAUAAGAAGGAUUUAUAUAUUGGAUUGUAGGUAGUUGAAAAACCAGAACCAGUUGAGUUAUAGGAAUCAAUAUUGAAUGAAACACAAAAGAAUUAUGCAGGAUUGGAAUUUGAUUUAAAGGGAUGGCAAUUUCUCAAAUUGACUCAAGAUGAUGGUAGUUUAUUGACUGGAAGGUUCAAGAUGAAAUUAUUUAAACCUCCUUUAAGACGACCACCAAUAGAUCCUACUAAAGUAUAGGAAUUAGAUGAAGUGAUUGAUUUUGCUUUGCAUGAAUUUGUUUAUACAGAAAAAGAUAUUGAAGAAUUUAAAAAGUAGAUGAAUAAUAAACAUAAGAGACCAAAAUUAGAGGAGAUAAAAGAUAUUCCAUUAGAUAAUAGUCCAUAUAUUCCUAAUUUUUAGUAAUAAUGGAUAAAUGAAUAAUUUGAAAGAAGACAUGGAAUAGAUUUUUAUAUAGAUGGAUUAAGAUUUUUACCUGAUAAAGUUACAGCUUGUAAAAUGUACAUGGAAGUAUAUAAUGGAAGAUAUGAAAAAUUAUUUGAUGCUGAAACUGCAGCUCCUGAUCUCAAUAGUAUGGCAUAUAAUCCAUCAUUUUAUUUUAGAAGAGAAUUAAGAAAAGAAAAAUUUGAUCCAACUGCUAUUGCUUUGAUUACUGUUGUAACAGUAGACAAAAGUACUAAUGAUAACAGAAUUGUUGGAUAUGCUGCAAUUAAUUUAUUUUUAAAUCCUGGUACUAAAUCAUAACCUGAAGAUUCAAAUGAAGAUAAUUAUAUUGUUUAUUCAGGAGCAUAUUAAAUUCCAUUAUUUAGUUAAUAGUUGGAUAGAACACCUCCAUUUGAUAUGAAAAAGAUGUAUAAAAUGAAAUAUGAAUUAGUUAUUCUCAUGAACGAUCUCCAUGUUGUUCAGUACUAGUCAGAAUGUUUAAAGCACCUCUAAGUGAAGAUGGUAAAAGAGCAUUGUCAAUUAAAGAAUUUCCAAGUUUAAAGGAUCAAAUUGCAAGGAAUAUAAUGAGACCUCGUCCUUAAUAUGGAACAGGAACUUACAAUAAUGAAUUAGAUCCUAUUACUGAAUCAGAAAAUGAAUUAUUUGCUUAAAGAACUAUUAGAUCAGAUAUAAGUGUCCGUGAAGCUGCAUAUUUAUUGAUAAAAGGGGAAUAAAUAAAUAGAUAAUACAAAGAUCAUGAAAUAAUUAAUUAUUUAGAUAAUCGUAUAUCAUUAACUCAUGAUACAUUCAUGAUUGAUAUGAUGUAUUUUGCCAAAUAUAGACCAUAAGCAGGAUUUAAAUUGACUGUUGAUGGAGUACAUAAUGUUGUUAAUCAAUCACAUAUGUAUGUAAUCUUUUAUUCCUUAUCAUAACCAGGAACAUUUUAUCUAGAACCUAGAGAUGUUACUUAAGGACAUAUGUGUUCUAAUUAUGAUUUUGAUUCUAAAAUCAAUACUCCUGAAUAUGAUGAUGCUUGGUUUAAAUUCAAAGAAAAUGCUAACAGAUAUCAAAACAUCAUUUUAGACAUUAAAUCUGUACCAUUCUCUAAACCAGAUGGAGCCAUCUCUGAUGUUGGUUGGACUAUAUUACCAGUGUUUUCACCAGAUAAUUAUGUCAUGUCUAAUUGUUAUUAAUUACCAGUAUUCAGAGGAUCAGUCCCAAGAGCUGUAAUUGAAGAUAUUAAAAAACAAGAUACUUGGGAUUAUCUUAGAGAUUAAGUAAUCAACAAUAAAGUAUUUUAUCUCAAAAAUAUGUCCAUCAUUGUUAGAUUAGUAGAUGCUUAAAGAGAAGUAAUUAUAGAUUUAAUUAUAGGGACAUUUUAAUAAACGUAUUGAUUGUGAUAGAUUACAAUAUAAAUAUCUACCAUAAGGAGAACGAAUUAAAUAAUGGUCUUAUAAUCCUGCUGUUAUUUUGGAUUAGAUGAGUAUGAAGACUAUUAAAUCUUUAAUACCAUUCAAAGAUAAUCCUGCUGCUUUCAACAGAAAAGUCACAGAGUACUUUGCCAAUUCAUAUGGUUUAACCCAAUAUCUUGGAAGUUGAUAAUAUAUAUAAUUUUAUGUAACAUAUACAAAAUAGUAAUUAAGAUGGACUUGAAUUUCAUAUUACUAAAAAUGCCUAAUUUUAUCAACAAAACAUCAUUUAAGAGAAAACCCUAAAUUGCACUUUACCUAAACUCAUCACUUUAGAAGAUAUCAAAUUAGUAUCUUCUACUCAAGUCUCUGGAGAUGGUCAUAAUAAUCCUGUAUUGAUUAUUUGUUCUGGAUGCUAAAAUAAGGUAUUUACUAUUUUUUUCAUAAGGUCUAAACUGUACUUACUCGCCAUUCUGGAAAAUCGACAAUAUUAGUAGGAUUUCUUUUGUUUCUUUGUUCUUUUGGAUUUAUUUGUGUAGCUUGUAUUCCUUGUUGUUUAGAUGAUUGCAAAGAUAUUAGACAUAAUUGUCCAUAAUGUUAAAAAACUUUAGGAAAAACUACAUUUAACAUACUAAAAUGA